CGACCAAGGAGAGCCAAAAUAUUCCGACCACAUGGCAGUGUCAUAAAAGUCAUGUUGAUGUUGACAAAGACAGCAAAGACAGCUGUGAUCCAAAUAAACGAUGGGCAUCAAUUUUAGCUCUUUCUUUUCCGGUUUGGGGAGGUUUUUCGAGUAUCCCGUGAAAAGGAAACCGAUAUGUUUCUAUAGGCAGGAGGAUUUUACUGCCACAGGCGAACCAGUGCGGCGUCUAUCGGACCAGCCAAAGGCCGCCAUGACGGAUUAUGACAAGCUUGUCGACUUGUUCUACAAGCGGCUCGCAGAGCAGCGCCAGUACAACCAAGAGAUGAAGGAACUUGACCGCCGCUGGAGCACACAGAAGGUUGUGCAGCGGUUUCCUGGUUGGAAUGACGUCACCAUUGCCAACCUGCACAGCCUGUUCCUGCUGUUCGACAACCAGGCCAACGGCAUGCUCGGCUGCGACGACUUUGGAGCUGUGCUUGAAAGUCUAGGCGAUGAGAGUUCCAUGGAGCUGCGAAAAGAGAAAUUCACUGCCGCCGACACUGAUAACGAUGGGUGGAUCACAUACGACGAAUUUCUUUCGCUGGUGUACAAUUUCAAUGACCAAAAAGAAGGGAGCUUGACAGGCCUGGCGCUACUUUGCAACGAGAUCGCGGAGAACAUACAAUUCGUAAGCAAUCUUACGGUCGGCGAACAACUAGAAUACGGACUCUUUUGAAAUAAAUAGUUUAUUGAGUA